UGCUCCGUCAAGCGUCGUCUGCUCGGUGCCGUCCGUCGCAUCCCAGGGCCGGCACACGGUCCCUCGCUCUGGACCCCGGCUGAGUGCUUGCUCGGACGCUUUCCUCCGCCAUGAGCCCCUCCGUGGAUGAAAUAGACCUUCGUCGGGCCUGUCGCCCUUCCUUGGUCGCUGCACCGCUCUUGUCCUGCUGCUGCUCGGCUCUCAUUGAUCACCAUCACUGGCGCUUUUCUGAUCAACGCCUCAAUGCCCUCCGUCCGGUCCUUCAGCCCCGACUCCAGCCCGCCAGCGUCGGCCACCAGAACAUCCCGUUCGAUGUCCUUGCCUCAUCUUUCGGGCGAAGCCCUGUCUGGCUUUCGCAUGCUCCCGACCGAAGUCGUCGUGCUGAUAUUUUCGUACCUGCCCAUUCGGAGCUUUGUCGUCGUCUCGACGGUGUGUCGUCGAUGGCGGAGGAUUGCAAUCUCCCCCAAUAUGUACAAGCACAUAUCCGUGGCAGCAACUCCCAAGCUCUGUCAAGCUGGGCUCCAAUAUCUACUUGCGGGCUAUCCGUUCGCAGAGUCGCUCUAUAUCGAAUGCGUCGGAAGCCGCAACGAGGACAUGCGCCGACACGACCUGGCUGCAAGCCAAUUCCAGGGGCAUCCGCGGCUGAAGCACAUCUAUGUCGAAUCUGCAGCAAUCACCAAGGGCGCCUCCAUGUGUCCGAUGCUGCAGAGCCUGUGCUGCUGGUACAAUCCGGGCCCGGAAGACGACGACCACCUCAUGGCCGUGAUGAGGCAGUGCCUCGAUCUGAGGUCGCUCAGAGUAAGCUCUCCGAAGAGCCAAGGGCUUGGCUCGACUCGGCUUGGCCGAGCUGCUGGCGGGAACUAGACCCAGUGAUCACCGUAGUCGAUGUCGAGGGAUUCACGCCCUGGACGGCCUGUGCCCCCAAUCUGGCGUCCUUGAGCCUGCACUUUUGCACAUCCAGUAUGGUUGCUCUGCUGGUGCCGUGGUUUGCGGCCCAUCCGCUUCUCACCCAACUCGAGCUGCAUUUCAACGACAGCCUUGGCCAGGUCGCGGUCCCCCCGCAUUUAUUCGACUCUACAGCAGCUCUACGGCGCCUGGUGCUCUCGGGUGCAUGUAUGGGCUGGAAGGAUGUCACGGCGCUGUCAAAAUCGCUCCCGAAGCUCGAGCAGCUCACGCUCAAAACCUCGUCGGUUCAGCUGUCGAGUGCGUUCAAACACGAAGCCAAUGGUCUGGUCGGCGGCCUGAUCCUUGCCCUUCGAAUACUGGCUCCCAGCACUGCCUUGGCCAGCAUCGAGCUCGUGGAUGUGAGCAUUCAGCCAGUCGACGACUACAUCCCCACUUGGUUGCACCUGCAGGAUCAAGGAGACAUCGAGUUCCCGGGCCUGACCAAGGUCAAGGUUGACGAAGGCGAACGACAGAUAUUGGAGCAGGAGGACUUUUCGUUCCUCAGCACCCGGCUGCCGAGCCUGCAGACGCUGUCGCUGGCGCUGUCUCACCUCCGCCUCCCUGGAUCAAUAUUCUCGUCGGACGUCCUCUUGGAUAUGAUCGAGAAUCUUUCCAAAUAUGCCGACCUUAUCAGUCUAACUCUCCAGAACUUUGCAACAACCGGACUCAAAUGCCGCCCACAAUUGGAGAGCCCGACUGCCGGUCGCACACAAUCACUCUGCGGCCGGAUGAAAGAGCUGCGACUCAAUUUGUUCCCGUCGAUUCCAGCCAGCUUGCUUCGCCUGUUGCUCUUUGGCGACAAGUGGUCGUCGCUGACUUCGCUCAUCUUGCUGGGAACCGACUGGGACAACAAUGCCGACGAGCUGCCGCCGGUCGAGUUCCCGCACCUCAAGUCUCUGCAGCUCCUGGAGAAGCCUCUACAUGGUCACUGCCUUCUGCGGCACAUUGCCAAGAGCGCUCGUAAUCUUAGAGUCCUCUCGGUGCUGACGCCUGGGCUGUUUCCGACACAAACAAUGGCCGCUCUGGCAUCCGAUACCCCAAACAUCACAUACUUUACCCUGGACCAGGGCAUCCUGGAGGUCGACGCCUUUGAGAUGCUGUCCCGCCAGUGGAAGGGCCUCAAGCAUGUGCAUAUAGAAGGCGCUGGUCUCGAGAUCCUCGGCAAGAAGCCCUGGCUGCAGGGAUUACUUCCUUUCCUGGAGACCCAUCGCUUUCUGAUGAGCCUUGUUGUGACCGCUGAUCUCUACCCGGUGUGUGCCGAGCGCCUGAUAGCGCUGGCACAGCUCGAAGCUUCAAGGCAAACGAUCUUGGAGCGCACAGGCCGACUUGGCGAGACUGGGCAAGAAAUCGCCCCCAUCUACAAGGAUGGCAGAGUCCAGGUGUGCCCGAGAUCGCCAAACCAGAAACAGCGGCGGGACCGCUGUGUCCCCGAUGGCGACGACUCGGAUAGCUCGAUGCUGGACGAAGUGGGCUUUGAAGACUGCUCGAUGGCAGUGGACCACAACCCCGGAAUCGGGUCCGACAGUCCGGUCGUUGACGUCGAGAUGCAUGACUCUGCCACGACCGACCAGCGGCAGCAUCCCUCACCCAGCAAAGAUGGAUCUUUGAACGAAGGACAGCGAGAUAAUGCCGAUCCCAUGGCCAUGGUCUCACGCGACGGCCGGCUGGGCAGCGCCGCUGGCCGAGCAGACCGGGAAGCGACCGAGCCUGAGGAACCGGAGGAGACGGCUCGUCGGCUGCGAAGCUAUCUCCGAACAAGGUUCCCCUGGAUCGAGUGCCUCGACGUGCGAAAGCGUCGACCCACACAGUCGCAGAUAUACGGACUGCCGGCAUUCGAGUCUGGGCUGGUUCGACGGUGAAGUCUGCAGUGACCAUCAACCCGGGGUGCGUCCUUUGCUCAACAAUGAUAGUCAAUGGAG